AUGAUCAUCCAAUCAGUAGAAGGUGAUUCCUGGGGCAGCUUGGGAGUUGUAGUUAGCGAGUCUCUUCUUUGGUCCAAGGGAUUAAAGAGGAUGGAGGUUCAAACAUGGUAUUUGAAAUCAUCAAAAUUGGCUCUGGCACUAGCAAUUAUCCGCUCAAAACCACCAAACAGAAACAGCAGAGAAUAUACAGAGCAUCUUGCUAAGAUGUUAUCUGGACAAGAUGGAGAGUGGAAAUCAAAAGUUGAAGCUUUGGAAACUGAAGUUCUGCAAUUACGUCAAAAGCUUCUUCUGAGCAAAAUCUGUCCAGUACCUCAAGUAAAUAAUAGAAACCCAAUUAACUCUUUACCCUCUAAGGAGCUUGAAAGUCCUGAGGACAUCUCUAAUCAGCUGGAAGAUUCUGGGUGCGAUGUAUUAAGUGAGACUAGAACCGAUCCUUCAGAAUUAUCCCAGAAUAUUGAAGAGAGUUUUACUUCAUCUUCUGAAAUUUCUUCAUAUCAACUACCUAUUGUAAAAAACCAUUGUGCUCUCCACGAAAAAACUUUAACUUCUCAUCUGCAGUUUUUACAACAUGUGCUUGAACUGAAGAACUUAACAGAAUCUGGUAGUUUGAAAACAGAUUUAAACAAAUUUGAAAGUGACUGUUCCACAGUAUCUGAUUCUGUUUUUCGGUUGCUUGAUGGCCUGAUAGCUUUUUAUAGUAACCCUAAACUCCCAUUUUCAAACUUUUUGACAGAAGCAGUUUGUAUCUUGACUAGUUUAAUCGAUGAUUGUAAUUUAUCUAAUCACAUACUUAAAAAAUGUUUCAAGAAGUUGGAAGAAUUUGAGAAAACUCUAGUGCAGGUUAUUUUAAAGAACACCAGUAUUAAUCGGUUUCAGGUGCAGCAUUACAUCUCUAAUAGUCUGGUCAUUCUGGGAAAAUGCAGUUUUUUAAGAAAACCUGUAAUAGCUCUGCUUUUAUUAGAAGUGAACAACUUUACUGACAAGUUGAGGAAUAUGCAUCAGGUCCAAUCCAGAUAUGACCUGUCGUGCUAUGAGAACAUUUUCUCUCUCUUCUGGAUUCUAGAACAGCUGCUUCAAGAAGGAACAAAAAAUUCUAACAUGCCAAGUAUAGAUCCUGUAGAACAGGAGACCAAAAAGUUUCUUGAGCAACUUGAUCAAACAAUUCUCCAUCUUUCAGAUGAAUUCCCUCUAUUUACUUUAUACAUAUGGAGAGUGGGUGUUCUUUUGAACUCAACUCAGAUAAGAACUGUUGAAAAUAACUCACCUCCCUAG